AAAGGGUCCUGUCCCAUCGUGAAAAAUAUCUGAAUCAACUUAUUACCGUAAACUUUCGAUCCGACUUUUUUUAAAUUCUACUUUAUCGUCUUCUUGAUCAUACGAUCUCCUCGCUUCCCCAUAGUCGCGUGUUUGUUAGUUUUAUUUUUUUGUUUCAACGGGCAGAUAACCCGAUCCAGUUACUAGCUUUGACGCGUCGGCCAUGAAUAGCACGGAGAGGACAGCUUACGUGGUGCAGUUCCUACAACAUGAGGUGUCGAAGCUUCACACGCGAGAAACGUGCUGGCAUCAAUCUGGCGUCGGCGGUCUCCUAGCGCUAUUGCGUGCGAAUCUCUCGGAGUCGAAGUCGUGGAACAGCAGCUAUGUCUCUGGGGGACCGUAUACGUUUAACGCGACGGGGAAUUUGUUCACUGUUGAUCUUGCGACGAAGCAUUUUGAUGUGAAUACUGUUGAUCAAGAUACAUUUAUCACGUUGACGUAUGUCCAUGCGUUAUGCAUGAUCAUUGCAUUCUUCUUGGUGUAUCCUAUUAUUCUGCUCAUGGAGUCAAGUACAGUGCUGUGUGAUCUGAUCAAUAAACCUGUCGCAAAGCAUACUGUUCGGAAAUGGGAGUCUGUACUCCGAGCCUUUGUCUUUACGCCCCUCGUCAUCGCUGGACUAGUGGCGGGAAUCAUCGCAAUGGGCUCAUCGGAUCAUUUCAGAACUGAACACGGGGUCAUUGGGCUCGUCACUGUAGUGUUUGCAGGCUUCGCAUCGCUACUGUACUUCUUCGACUUCUUCUUUGGCUCAAGAAUGGCUCGAACAAUCAUGGGGAUGCGCUGGCGUCAAAACCUCAAAUACUUCGACAUGUUCGUCUGCCAAGUCAUCCUCAUGCUCUCCGGCUUCGUCCUAACCGACGGUUUCGACGACCUCUCCGUCAUGGGCCUAUGCUACAUCUAGAUCUCGCUCGCAUGGGCAGUAUCUAUCGGCAUGAUAGCAGCGUUUGUCUGGAACAGUGCCAUGGUCUUGAUGACAGCUCAGUGGUUCCUGGUCCGUCGAGCACGACCCAACGGAGGCGUCGCCAACACUAACAACAGAAUGUGGAGGCUCGUGCGCUUCCGCCGCCGUCGUCGCGAACCAUCACCAGAGCCUACUACGCAGGCAUACGAGAUGGGCUCGUCAUCAGAAACGUCUGAAACUUGCGGUCGGGGAACGGACUGAAGCUGGGGCUGUGCUGUGAUACUUAUGGAUGCCAAGCGUUCCAGGAUAGAUAGAGUUUGUUACAUUUUCAGUUUAGUUCAAUGAUGAGAUUUUUUAACGACA